CAACAAUGUCUGCCAUGAUGUCUCACCAACCCACUAAAGAAGAAGAAGAGGAGGAUGAUGAGGAGCAGGGCGAAGAGUUUGUGUUUGAGGACAGCGAGGAUGAGCAGAAAGCUCUGGAGGACCGUAACGACAUCACCUCGGACUGUGUCGAGCUCUCCCAGACGUCAAAAAACGAGUCCAGCGAGACGCCGGGCGSUGUUUUACAAAGAGCCGCAGACAGCUCACAGCUUAUUAAAUCUCCACCUCCUGCUGGACCAGAGAGCACUGCAGCUUCAAAUCCCUCCACAGGGACUCGGCAGCCAAGCCCGACGCUUCGGCUCGUUCUGUGAAAGAGGGGCUUCCUGCGACAUCCUCGGCUGCUUCAGGAGACCCCGACAAAGACGGCAUCGAGGAACGCUCCGACUCAAGGGACGCCUCCGAAGAGGCUCAGACAGCAGAGGUCUCAGAGGUGAUCUAUGACGACGUUCCAAGCGAGGAGCCCCUCUCUCCCGAUGAAGACAUGAUCUAUGAGGACGUUCAGAAAGCCGGCGGGCCUUUGGAGGCCAACAACGGGUGGAGCUCCAGUGAGUUCGAGAGCUACGACGAYCAAUCCGAUAAUGACGCCAAGCUACCGGCAAAGAGCAAGCUCUCUCCUGAAGUGCGUCGGCUGAGGGAACGCUGUGCCAGGACCAAACGUGAACUGGCCUUGAGAUUGUCUGGGAAGAACAACUAUGACAUCAAGGUUCAGCAGUUCAUGAAGGCGGCGAGGAGCGGGACGAAGGAUGGGCUUGAAAGGACCAAAAUAGCCGUCAUGAGAAAAGUCCCCUUCCUGCAAAGAAAAGAUCAAACGGAGGAAGAGGAUGACGCCGGGUACCUGGAUGUGGCGGUGUCAGACGUGAAGCAUCCUCCCCCGCAGCUGAGCCCGAUGCCAGAGGGGCUGACGAACCACCAGGUUGUCAGGCGCCAUAUCCUGGGCUCCAUCAUUCAGAGCGAGCGGAGCUACCUGGAGUCUCUCAGGAGGAUCUUGCAGGAAUACCACAAACCAUUGAUGGAGGGAGACCCCCGCAUUCUGAGUCCAAGGAAGAUCCGACCCAUUUUCUACCGAAUCAGAGAGAUUACGCAGUGCCACUCCAUGUUUCAGAUCGCUCUGGCGUCUCGUGUGGCAGAGUGGGACAGCAACGAGAAAAUCGGAGACUUAUUUGUGGCCUCGUUUUCGAAGUCCAUGGUGUUGGAUGUGUACAGUGAUUAUGUGAACAACUUUACCAACGCCAUGGCUCUUAUUAAAAAGGCCUGCAUGUCCAAACCAGCUUUUCUGGAGUUUCUGAAGAAGAAGCAGGCCUCCAGCAUGGACCGGAUCACUCUGUACGGGCUCAUGGUGAAGCCCAUUCAACGAUUCCCACAGUUCAUUUUGCUCUUGCAGGACAUGUUAAAGAACACGCCAAAGGGCCACGUGGAUCGCCUCCCCCUCCAGCUCGCCCUCACCGAGCUGGAGACGCUGGCUGAGAAGCUGAAUGAACAGAAACGAGUCGCCGACCAGAUUGCAGAGACUCAGCAACUCGCCCGCAGCGUCAGUGAUCGCCUGCUCAGUAAGCAACUGAACUCGGAGCAGAGGUCACUGGUCCUUUGUGAGACGCUUAUUGAGACUGUGUAUGGCGAGCGGGGACAAGUCCUGAAGUCAAAGGAGAGAAAGGUCUUCCUCUUUGAUGAUGUGCUCAUCUGUGCCAACAUAAAUGUCAAGGGGCCUCCAGAUAUCAGCAGCAUCGUCCCCGUUGGCCCCAAGUACACCAUGAAGUGGAGCGCGCCCCUUCAGCACGUGCAGGUGGUGGAAGUUGGGCAGGAGAGCUCUCAAAGCAAAGACUUGUUUCAACAAAGUGGGGCCAAGAGGCCAAGUGGUGCCUGCAAUUCAGGUAAAACUCUUCUGGGUCCUCCACGGCUGUACCAGGAGCUGCAGGAACUGCAAUAUGACCUUUCAGUUGUCGAGCAGGUUACUCUGCUUGUGGGAACACUGCAGGGGACGUACCAGAACCUGAACACCACUGUUGCACAGGACUGGUGUCUGGCUCUGCAGAGGCUUAUCCGCAUCAAAGAAGAACAGAUCCAGUGUGCGAACAAAUGUCGCUUACGCCUGCAGGUGCCUGGCAGGCCAGACAAGUCCGGGCGGCCCGUUAGUUUCAUGGUGGUCUUCAACACUCCCAACCCCCUUAGUAAGAUUUCCUGGGUCAACCGUCUGCACUUGGCGAAGAUUGCACUGCGGGAGGAGAAUUCACCAGGCUGGCUGAGUGGAGAAGACGAAGGGAAAAACGUGGCACCAUUUUGUUGUCCGCUGCUUGCCUGUCACAUGCCUGUUUUUGCCACCAAGGCUUUGGAGAGAAAGCUUGAAACUGCUCUUCACAGUCCUGUUCACUGCGCACUGCUGGGCUUCUCCACAGCAAUCACUUCCUUACCUCAAGGCUACCUCUGGGUUGCUGGUGGAGGUGAAGGCUCCCAAGGCCACGUAGAGAUAUUCUCCCUCAACAGGCCCACCCCGAGGUAUGUGAAGAGCCUGCAGGUGGGCUCUGCCGUCCGAAGUCUGGAGUACGUGCCGGUAUCUUCACCGGCCGAGGAGGCGGGCGUGCACAAGGCCGCCUCGGGGAUCGGCACCAACAUUUGUGUUGGGUUGGAGGACGGCCGCAUCCUGGUCUAUGGGAGUGUGGACACGGCAGCGCAGUGCCUGCUGACCCUCCACAACCCAGAGGGCUGCCCUGUGCUGUGCCUGAAGCACUCCUCGCGCUUCCUGUUUGCGGGCCUGCAGAACGGGACGGUGAUGGUCUAUGGAAGAAAUACCAGCGAUGAUCUUUGGGACCCUGACUCCUGCAGAUGUGUCAGCCUGGGAUCAGAACCUGUCAGUAUUUUGCUGGUACUGGAUGAAUCGGUGUGGGCAAGCUGCGGGAACUCGGUCACGGUUAUUGAAAUCUCCACCCUCACAACCCAGAAAUUUGAAGURCACCCAGAUCCGACGGUCAGUGUUACACACAUGGCGUGUGCCGGUGGAGGAGUGUGGAUGGCGUUCUCCGAGGGUUCCUCCAUCCGUCUCUUCCAUACCGAAACACUGGAGCUUCUGCAGGAAAUGAACAUUUCAGCACGCUCGACUCUGCUGAACACUGGUCAAAAGAGCAUCCAGGUCACAAGUCUUCUAAUUUGCCAAGGUCUGUUAUGGGUGGGCACAGCCCAAGGCUUAAUCAUCACUCUUCCAGUGCCCAAACUGGAGGGCAUCCCUAAAAUAACAGGGAAAGGGAUGAUUUCACUGAAUGCUCAUUCUGGGCCUGUGGACUUCCUCGUGGCGACCACCAGUUCUCUGUCUCCCGACCUGCUUAAGAGGGAUUCUGUUGGAGACGGUCCAGACUCUGCCUGUGGCGGCGAGGACCGGAGCGACGCCUCCUCUCAGGACUCCUUCCAGCCGUCCAGCUGCUACCGACCCGAGGAGAAGGGCAAAGGGCGCGGCGUUCUGCUUCAGUACAAGCUGCGCUCCACGUCGGGACUGCCCGGCUGGCCGUUGACGGCGCAGGGCGACGAGGCGUCGGACUCCUCCUUGGAGUCGCUGGAACACAGCGUGGAGGACGGGUCCAUCUACGAACUCAGCGACGAUCCGGAAAUGUGGGUCCGGGGCCGAGCCUGCGAGCGGGACGGGGGGCGCAGGGACAGGGUGAUGUCUGCGGCGGUCAUAUCCGGYGGGAAGGGCUUUCGCAGGCUGAAGGAAGGAGCCGCAGCAGGUGCCAGGACAAACGGAGACUGUUUAGAAAAUAUUCUUAUGGUUUGGCAGCUCCCAUUGACCGUGUGAUGUGGAAAACAUACAGCGAGGUGACGUUUAUUUAUAGAAGUCUGCCCAGCUUAGCCUCGAAUCACCUCCUCCAUAAAUUCAGGGGAUUUGAAUGUAUGAGUAGGUGCUGCCACUGUCACAGAGCUUGAUGUUCUAUCAUUUAGCCUGUGAAAAAAAAUGAAA